AUGACAAACAAGGAGGACGACGGAGCCCACAGAGUCGGGAGCGAGAGCGACGUGGUGGACUUUGUGGAGGCACGCAUCAAGCUCUCGCUGGCGGAACUUGCCACCGGCACUGGCGAUGACCCCAUGGGCACGGGCGACGACGCGACCACCACAGGGGAUGACGGCAAGGCUUCCUGGGCGUCUCACCCGUGGGACGACGAUGAGCACUGGGACGACUACAAGAAGUACCUCGACCACAACAGCUUCUUCACCGAGGAGGAGAGGGAGGAGGUUUGCCCCUUCCCGUCGGUGUGGUCAGAGUAG